AUGGCCCCACCAGUGACACCGACUACACCAACCAAGAGGAGAGCGGUCGGCUCUUCAGGCAACCUCAAUGACCUGAAUCAGAUAUUUCUCAGCAUCUCGGAACAGUAUAGUUUGGGGUUGUCUCUCCCAGAUACCAUCAGAUCCCCCGCAAAAUCUAGAGAAUUGGGCGACCCUGCUGAACUCAUUUACAACCGCUUGAGGUUUCAUUGCCACAAGAACAAUAUUCAUGUCAUGCUGGAGCGUUUCCGCGAGAGUGUCAUAGCAGAAUCCAAGAAAUGGGUCGAGAAGCCCAAUGCAGAAUGGCAUGUCACCCCUUCCGUCAGUGGGCUGCCCAAGGCCUCCAACCACCAGCAGCGGCAAGAUCUCAAGAGGCUGCUCCUCAAAGUGCUUGAUGAAUGUCGCCCAAAGGUCGAGCAACCGAACCGGCGGCCUUUUGUUCGAUCUCAGAGCAACCCUCUGUAUCAACUUCCGGGCACCCCCGGGAAGCAAGAGCCGCAACAGCCGUCCUCUGAUCCUUCCCAGAUACCAUCUCAGUCUAAACGACUGUCCGAUGAGCGGCAUGGCAGCACGCCUCCGAAGCGAACUAAGAGCGCCGUCUCAGAGAAUAGCAGCCGCUCCAUCUCUGACAUUGGUGGUGAAGUGACAUCACCAGGCAAGGCAAUCUCCCCACUCUAUUUCAGCAAGCCGCAAAACCGUAGCAUGUAUGGCCUCUCUACAAAUUCAAGCGAGGAAACUGUGUCGUCUUCCCACAAAUCUGCCGUCUUUUCCUUCGCUCAUAAGUCACCUGGAUCUCAGGAAACACAAACCACCGUCGAAGCUAGCACACAGGAAAAGAAGAGGUUUCCACCCGAGGUAAGCUGUAUCUACGAGGCUUCGGAAUAUUCCAUGAACGCCAGUUCGGUUCAGGCAUCUCAUGAAUCAUUCAAGAAGUUGGAGAGCAAAGCUGGGGUGCAAAAUGUCAACGACGACGGUAACUCCGUUGCACGCACCAACUACUCAUACUCCGAAUCCAGUAUGCCGCUGGACCACGACGCUAAACUGGCAAGCCUCGAUUCACCAGUCCCAACCGCUUCACCCAGUAAACCUGGUGCCGCCAAAAAGAGCGUCGAGGAACGUCUCGAGGAUGUGUGGCCCCAAAUACCAUCAUGUCUGGAUGACGCUCCCAUGGCAGUUAUCUGGGAAAUUGUGCGCGUGUUCUUGCAUUGUGGCGUUUCCAUGAGUGCAUUCAAUUUCAAGUAUAAUGCAUCCUGGAUGAACCAGGACAUUCUUUGGCAAACUUUCAAGAAGCACCCUCAGCUCCAAGAAAAGCCUCUCCCCGAACGCUGCCAGCCCGAUGCUUGGGCUGCUGCGACGAUGAAGAAUUUUCAGAGCCAUGGCGAAGUUGUCGUGCUGUCGGCAUUAAUCGAUUUCAGCAGUCUCAGCACUGGGCCAUUGCUUCGUGUCGCACUUCAACCGCUGCGACUCGAUUUAUCGCAUAGGCUUAGUCGACGGUUUGGCUCGGACAGGUUCUUUGAGAUUUUGGUACCCUCGCUUGAGUCCAAUAACAGCAUCAGUGCGAUCAGAAAUAUCGGUAAGCAGGGCGUUGAAUGCGUCACCCAGUGGCUACUGAAUGCCUCUCAUUGCUUCUUGGGUAGGAUCUGGAGGCCGUUUUUUGUCCGUUUCAUUCGGGAUAGUGCUUCCAGGAAGCCUACCAGGAAUGAGAGUUUCGGGCCAGACCCAAAGCCAAUCAUGAGGGAUCGGGUCUACCUCUUCGCAGAAACCGGCAACAACUUUCGUUUUACAACUACGCCAACCCUUCCGCCCAAGGAUGAAGACAUGAAUAAGCACACGAAUAUGGACCGACGCGGGUUGCUCGACUGGCAUCUCCAGACUGCUAAUAAUGAAAAACAACCAUACCUCAAGUUGUUUUCCCGAAUCGCGUUAGGCCUCAGCCGUACCCGCCCGACCGUCAUACUCCAGCCAGACCAGAUCCGUCACAAGGAGCAUGAUCUCUUAUCGCCCUCAGGAAAGGUCAUGAAUGACGGUAUAGGCCGCUUGUCGGCGAGUCUCGCUCGGAAGAUUCGCGAUAUCUUGGGCUUGAUUGACAUCCCUGCUGGUUUUCAGGGCAGGAUCGGAAGCGCCAAAGGUUUUUGGAUACGCGAUGUUACUGAUGACAGCGGCGAAGAUUGGAUCGAGACUUACCCUUCACAGAGGAAAUGGCAUUGCAGUUUCAUGGACGAAGACCAUCGGACAUUUGAAGUUCGAAGCGAGAGCAGGGAGCUCAUGCCGGCUAGUCUCAACACCCAAUUCCUUCCGAUUAUCGAAGAACAAACGCUCGAUAGGCAGGCCAUGAAAAGCUACAUCGGAACCGUCCUUUCCCAGACUCUCACUGGCGCAAUCGAAGAGCAGCGAAUGGCUCUUGAGGACCCUGUCCAAUUUCGGCUUUGGGCGCACAAUAAUGGUUCUCAGCGAGCAGAACGCCUACGAGAUGGAGAAGUCUCUUUCGUGGGAGGACUGCCUCGGUCCAAAAAUGACCAAAUGGCCUUCCUCGUUGAUGGUGGGUUUCAUCCCAAGAAGCAAAAGUUCCUGUGGGAACUAGGCUGGGAGCUGCGAAAGGAAAAGUGUGAAGAACUGAAAGAUCGACUGAACAUCAAAAUCGGUCGCUCUGCAUACGCAUACAUGGUCAUCGACUUCCAGGGCGUUCUGAAAGAGGAUGAGAUCCAUCUGGGGUUUUCGUCGAAAUUCAAAGGUAAUGAUUUCUCCGAGACAUUCCUGCACGGCAUGGAUGUCUUAGUUGCACGAUCUCCAGCCCAUUUCGUGAGCGAUAUUCAGAAAGUCAAGGCCGUGUUCAAGCCGGAACUCGGCUCGCUCAAGGAUGUUGUAAUAUUCCCUAGCACAGGAAACCAUCCCCUCGCCGACAAGCUCUCAGGUGGCGAUUAUGAUGGAGACAUUGCGUGGGUUUGCUGGGAUCCUGCAAUUGUCAACAAUUUCACCACCGCCCAGGUUCCGUCGCGCCCGGAUUUUUUCAAGGAAGGCAUUCUAUCCCAGCAGACCGACACGUUUGGCGAUCUAGUUAGGGAACACGGAGAGCUAGCAACCUCAGUGUUCUUCGAAAACAGCUUCCGUUUCAACAUGCGGCAAAACCUUCUCGGGAAAUGUACUAAUUACAAGGAAGCCCUGUGCUACUCCAGGAAAUCGUUCUCCGAUAAGGUCGCCGUUCGGCUGAGUGCCCUGCUUAGCGAUCUUGUUGAUCAGGCCAAGCAGGGAAUUGUCUUUACCGGACCGGAUUGGACUAAGUUUAAGAAGUCUUGCAUUGGACACCUUCGGGAGCCGCCACAGCCAGCUUACAAAGCUGGCCAGUGGAUCGGUGAAGGGGAGCCCUACCACCUAGUCGACUACCUUAAGUUCAGCAUCGCGAAACCGAUCAUAGAGCAAGAGCUGAAGAACUUCCACUAUGCGAUCAACGGACAGGGUGAGGCCGGCGUCGACUUCUACGACGAAGAUCUCACACGUCCGUUUGAUUCCCUCGACGAAAAGCGCCGCACAGAGCAUCCAAAAAACCCUCUUCUGGUCCCCCUGAUGGCGCAACUACACAGCGACAUCUACCACAUCCACAUGGAAUGGGACAGACUCAACAUGCUAGCACGCAAAGAAGAUCUCGGCUUCUAUGUGCGAAUCAACCAGCUCUUUGAAGACUUCCGCGCCAUCGCCCCGAAAGCCUCGUUUGAACUAGCCAGCUACUUGCUAACACAACUCGGCCCUGCAAACCCCGAUUACUCGAACUGGGAAUUGCUCAAGGCGUCAACGCUCUUCAAGAAAUACUACUACAAGGGCAGUUUCGUGUGGUGGAUCGCGGGGCGUCAGCUGCAGUUCCUGAAAGCGACCGCGCAGGCGAGGAGAACUGAUAGCCCUGUAGCUUUCGUAGUAGCGCCCGUGUGGGCGGUGCUGAGGCCGGAUAUCAAAUCUAUUCGUACUGUUGCGGCCAGUAACGAGGGCCGCGAGACGGCGAUGGUUACCGAGGAUACGUUUGAUUCAUAUGAUACUCUUGAGAUUUCUGCGGAUGACGACGCGUAG